AUGUUGUUAAGGCUGAUAGUCCUACGAAAUAGACUACAAAUAAUCAGAAAUAUGUCUACAGAGGUGAAUUCUAUAUCAAAAGGAUCCGGAAAACCAGCAGGUGCCGGUGGAACCACACAAUCGAGUAGAAAGUCGAAGAAACAAGAAUCCCAAUUUCUUUUAAAAACGCCAAAGGGAACGAAAGAUUGGGCCGAUAAAGAUAUGCUUUUGAGGGAAGCGAUAUUUGGUAAAUUGAAAUCUUUAUUCGGAAGACAUGGAGGAGUUACUAUUGAUACUCCCGUAUUUGAGUUGAGGGAGAUUUUGACUGGAAAAUAUGGCGAAGACUCUAAAUUGAUUUAUAACUUAGAAGACCAGGGUGGUGAAUUGACAUCCUUGAGAUAUGACUUGACAGUCCCAUUUGCUAGGUUUGUCGCAUGUAAUAGUAUCAGUAGCAUUAAGAGGUAUCACAUUGCUAAAGUUUAUAGAAGAGAUCAACCUGCGAUGACCAAAGGCAGAAUGAGAGAAUUUUACCAGUGUGACUUUGAUAUUGCUGGAUCAUACGAUACAAUGAUCCCAGAUUCAGAGAUCUUGACUAUUUUGUGUGAGGGUUUGACAAGUUUAGGGAUCAAUGAUUUCAAGGUAAAGGUCAAUCACAGAAAAAUUUUGGAUGGUAUAUUUCAGGCCUGUGGUGUUAAAGACGAAGACGUCAGAAAAAUCUCCUCAGCAGUCGACAAGCUUGACAAAUCCCCAUGGGAAGCAGUUAAGAAGGAAAUGGUUGUCGAGAAGGGCCAACCUGAAGAAGUUGCAGACAGAAUAGGUCAAUUUGUAAAACUCCGUGGUACUAUUCGUGAGACAAUAAAACAUAUCAAUGAGAGCGAUUUAUUGUCCGCAAAUGAAUCAGUUCAACAAGGUGUCCAAGAAAUGUCUAUUUUGGCUGAUUAUGUCGAAGCUUUUGAUAUUAGUAAAUUUAUAUCCUUCGACUUAUCUCUAGCUAGAGGCUUGGACUAUUACACUGGCCUUAUUUACGAGGCCGUAACAUCUGCUUCUGCUCCUCCUGAGAAUGCAAGUGAAUUAAAAAGCAAGGCUCAGAAGGAGAUGAAGGCAGAAGAAGAUGCUUCCGAAUAUGUUGGAGUUGGAUCAAUUGCCGCCGGUGGCCGUUACGACAACUUAGUGGGAAUGUUUUCGAAUGGAAAAUCAAUCCCUUGUGUUGGAAUAUCAUUUGGCGUUGAAAGAAUUUUCUCUCUUAUCAAAGCUCGAGCUGCGAAGGAGCUUGAUAAAAUCAGUUCAUCUGAGACUGACGUUUAUGUUAUGGCAUUUGGUGGUGGCCAGGGAUGGGAUGGCUUCUUGAAAGAAAGAAUGUCGAUCGCUAAUAUGUUAUGGGAAUCAAAUAUCAAUGCAGAAUUCUUGUAUAAGACAAAGCCUAAUAUUCGAAAGCAGUUUGAUGCUGCAGAGAAGGCAGGUGCUAGCAUUGGUGUCAUUCUCGGGAAGGAAGAAUUUCCUAGUGGACAGAUUAGAAUUAAACUUUUGAGUCAAGGUGCAGAGAGUAAUGAUGGAGAACUUGUAAAUAUAGAGGACCUAGUCGAAGAGGUGAGCUCGAAACUUGCAAAGUUCAAAGAAAAUGGAGAUGAUAUUACCCGUUUGAUUAAAGGAUUGUCCCUAAGUUCAUAA